GGUACGAAUUUGACUUCGUCUCAAAAUUCCCUAAAUAUAGCCCGAGCCCGAUCUUUAUUCUCUUCCAUCUUCUCCUCUUCACAACCUAGCGGCGGCAGCGCAGCUCUUCCAUCUGGUUUGUAUUUGACGUGGCUUGGAGAAACACUCAUUUUUUAUCUGCUUUGUUAAGUAUAUGUAUCUCACAUUGUUAUUUUAAUAAUGAUAAUGUUAGUGUAAGAAUUAUAUAUUUUAUGAAUGAUAUCAUUAUUGUAAUAUUGAAACCAAUUUGUAUAUUGUAGUACAAUCUCAUGUUAUUAUCUUCUUUGUUAUAUAUAUUAAUUUCAUCUGUAUCUGUACUAAUUAUAUAUUGACCAUUAGUGUAUUGUCUAAGUUUUUUUAUUAAUAUAAUUUAUUGUAAACAGACAAAUUGCACCAAUAAAAGCAUUUAAUGAGUGAAUUUAAAAAAUAUAGAUCUACUAAAUUAACAACCCCUUAGUGUUGGCCUCAUAGAUAUGGAGGGAGUAAAUGUAGGUACACAAGCGUUAGGUGCAUGGUGGGAUAAAUCCCAGGUCGUUAGUUUCUGAAAAUCGACCCCUGACCAUUAUGCCAGAGAUGUCAUGCGCCGACCAUCUGCGCUACGCCCUGGGAUUAUAUAUGAUACUAUGUUAUACUUUGUUAUUCUGCUAUAUGGAACUAAAUGUUAGGUUAUGAAGCGACCACAAAAGAUUAGUUAUAGAGAUGAGAAUAUUAAGGCGGAUGUAUAGACAUAUGAGAAUGAUGAUGAUAAGAAAAUGAGAACUUUAAAGAAAAAAUUAAGGUUGUGUCUAUUGAGAGAAAAUUUUAAGAGACACAUCUAAGAUAAUAUGAAUAUGUACUUAGAUACCAAUAACUAUCUCAAUUACAAAAUAAAAUUCAUUUAAAAUUCCAAGGAACACGGUUAUAUAGUAAGAUAUGCUCUAUUAUCUAGGUAUCACUCCAGUACAAUAAAAACAUAUUUAAAUAACAUAAUCCUAGGUAGAUAACUAAGAUUAUCAAUGACAAUCUUCAAUAAACAUGACUUAAAUGACCUCUUUAGAGAGUUUGGAUAAUUAAAAGUCGAUAGAAAAUGAGCUACAGUUCGAUUCAUUCAAUAGAAAUUAAUUGGACACAAAAUAAAUUGAUAGCAAAAAAGAGAGCGGGAUGGCACUUGACACCAUUUAUCUUAACUAGUUAAUAAUCGGAGGACAAAACAAAGUGAAUAAAAUUAAAGGAAAAAAUAUAUACUUUUAAAAUAACUUUUAAUAUGUUUGUCUUAUUUGAAAAUUGAAUUAUGAUUUUUUUUCUUCUGGUGGUCGCGUAUUUCCCAUUUCACGAACCGAAGUAAAUUGAACCAAACCGAAUCAAGGAACGUGGUAAUGUAACUUGGCCACUCACUUUUAAUCUCUAAUACAAUUUAUCGGGCUGCCCUCGCCCAUCUCUCUCACACCGACCUCUGCAGAGCAUCACUUUCUCUAUCCAACCUGCUUUCGCAACUUCUCGUCGCCAAUACCAUGAACACCUCUCCGUGACAUCACUAGGUUGACGCUGUCCAUCUCCGCCAUUGUCCUGGACGCUGUGCCUCAUUUUCUCGUAAAUUUUAAGUAUUAUUUUCUCUAAGAUUUUUAGUUUCUAUUUUGUAUGCAGGGCCCGAUUUUCUACGAGGCCAGGUAGGUAGUCCGGCCUAGGAAGGAAAUUUUUUUAAAGUUGUACUGCUAAACCCUAUUCUAUUUUUAUUUGCGGUAUCUUUCCCCCAAAACACGCGGCUCCAACUCUGCCUUCUUUCCAGCAAGGCAGGCGGCUUCAACUCUGCCGUCUUUCCAGCAAGGCACGCGAUCUUCUCCUUCGUAGGUCUCCGCCGCAGGUGCUUCUUUGCACACGAUCUUCUUCUCCGGCGUUCUUUCCACCAAGGCACGGAUCCACUGAACAAGCUCAAGCUCAGAGUUAAUAAUGGUGCGGGCCAAGCCAGCUUCUUCCAAGAAACAAAAACGUGGAGUGGAUUUCAAAAAAAUAAGGCAUAAGAUUGGACGAAAGUUGCCACCGCCAAAGAAUGCUACCAAUGUGCAGAUUAAAUCUAAAGCCAUUGUGCUUCCUCAGCAGAGUAUUGCAUCAGAGAAAGAAGGGCUUGCUGUGAACAAGAAAGGCCUGACACUAAGAGAGCUCCUUCAGCAGACAUCCCAUCACAAUGCUAAGAUAAGGAGAGCUGCACUUGUUGGUAUAAAAGACCUCAUUCUAAAGUAUCCAUUGGAGCUUAAACUUCACAAGCUUGCCAUUAUAGAGAAGCUUCGUGAGCGGAUAUGUGAUAAUGACAAGAUGGUCCGUGACACAUUAUAUCACCUCUUAAAAAAUGUGAUAUUUCCUUCAUCAAAAGAGGAAAUAACAGCACCUGUAAUCUCUUUACUAAUGGCUUACAUCUUUAAUGCGAUGACACAUAUGACAGUUGACAUUAGGCUAAUGGCUUUCAAAUUUUUUGAACUCCUUGCCGCGAACUAUCCAUCUUCCUUCAUGUCGUAUGCUGAAAAGGUUCUUGAUAAUUACAUAGAUAUCCUCAGAAACAACCAAAUAUAUCUAGUUGAGAAGAGCAAGCUCAUCAAUGCUCUUGCUGGGCUUGCUCACUGCCUAUCUUUGAUAGCUAACAAAGGUCAAUGUGAUGAUAGAUUGAACAAUCAGGAAAAAUUUCAGCGAAGAGUUCUACAUGCCUACAAGCUAGAGGUCCAUGAAGAUCAUGCUGGAAUGGAUUCUUUGUACGUGAAACUUGAAGAACUUGUUCCAGUACUUAUAAAUUGUUUUUUGGAGUCAACUUCAACAACUCGCACAAUGGAUGUAAUUGAUGCCCGAUCAUUUGAUUGCAUGUUGUCUACACUUCAUUGUACAUACCUGGCUGUUAAAUUUCUUGGGAUAGAGAAGCUUUCCACUUCAGUGUUUGAUGGACGUGAUGUUGGGCAGAAAAAUUUUAAUUUAUAUGUUAAAAAACUCUGGGAAACAUUUCCUGUCGGCCAGCUUUUUCAAUCAGCAGAAAAGGAUGAUGAUAAAUAUAUAAUUUUGGAUAUCAAGAUCGCUCAGAUAUUUUUGUGCCUAACUAAAUGGGUGAAUGGUAUUGAUUUUCUGAGUGACAAGCUUGUUGAGUUCAUCGAGUUUUUGUUGUUGGUUGGCACAAAUACACGGAAAAAAGGGGCACAUAUGGAAAACCACAUUGUUUCCCUCUUACCAUUUAUACCAAGACUUCUUUCACAGAUUACUGCCAAUGGGAAGGCUAGGCUUCUUGAGGCCUUUACUUGUUCUUUCAAGGAAUGCAGGGUCGAUUCUAGGCUAUUUACAGCAUAUUUGUCUGUAGUUGAAGAAUUAUUGCUUGUUACGAUCAAUACUGGUCUGCAGAUGCAUGCAUCUAGUCAUCAAGAUCAUCUAAGCCAUGAGAUUGCUUGGGUGAGAGAGCUUCCCAGGAUAUUACUGCACCUAUCUGAUGAACAUCCCUCUAACACGAUGGUGGUUUUAAAAGUCCUACUUAGAAUCGGACAAUGUUCUGUGCCAAAUUCACCUCUUGGUUUUGAGUAUGAUGCUCUGCAAUUUCUCUUGCGAGAAUUUUAUGCUAUUAGAUCUCAUUCGGGAUCAAUAAAUUAUGGCCCUUUUCUGAAGCUACCAAAUGAUUGCAAGGAACUUGCUCUUUGUUGCUUAUGCUACUUUUCACGGUUGACUUCAGAUUUUCUUGAAUCAUUAGCCUAUUGCUGCUUAUGUAAUGAUAUGGAACCACUCAUACUGCUAAGGAUUGUUGAGGUUCUGCAGAUAGCAUAUAUAUCUGGUCGUGUCCCUGUUUCUGAGUACAUGAGUUUCUUGGUAACUUUAGUCGCACGCUUUAGAGUAUCUCCUGAAAGGUUUCUUGCCAAAUUUUUUGAGGAAGAUUCAAAUCGGAAAACCUUUAAGUCCAUUACAGAUGCAGUAUUUGAAUGCCUUGGUCAGAUUGGUGACAGUUGCAUUGUCCUGAAGUUGCUUUUCAAGAACAUGUUAAAUGAGAUGUUACUAAAGCCUCCUAUGGACAAUUUCCGUGGUAUGCUCAGAAUGAUCAUUGCACUUGAUGCCAGGCUAACUAAACUUUCAGAUGAGGAUAUUGGUGACUUAAGCAAAAUCCUUUGUCGAUAUAUGGUUGAUACAGCAUCAUCUAUGUCUGAAGAUCCUGGUAUGGCUUGUCGGUUCAGUGGGAUCCCUACAUUUGAUUUUUGUCUGAAGCCCUGCAUUGUACUGUUGAUUGCGAGCGGCAACGUCUUACCUUUUGUGUUGAAGUUACUCAAUCAGUUCAUUUCAGAAGAUUGUAUAUUGCUUCCUUAUGAAUCUGAUGAUAAAUAUGGAAUGGAUAUCUCAAGUAGAAUAAAUGCAGUGUUACACAUCCUCAGCUUUAUGUUUAGUCAUAAGAGACUUCACAUAAAUCUUUCAAGAAAUAAAGCACAAAUUGAUCAUACUCUUCUGAUCAUGCAUAACUUAUUGGAUUCAAAUAAGCAUAACAUUUCAUAUGAAGAAAGAGGCAGAUUACAGAGUGGUCUUGAUAAAAUGAAGGGUAGCAUAUGUGAUCUGUGGAUAAAAAAUUCAUAAUCCAAUUAAUCUUCAAAGAGUCUACUAGGGUGUCAGUGUGAGUAUUGACCUCAUAAAAAAAAGAAAAAACAAUGCAUAGAUAAGCAAUUUUGUAAUUCUAAAUUUUCUAGUUAAAUCUAUUUUUCUCAUGUUUCCUGUUCAAACUCUUGUGUAAUUUUAUGCUUUUGGUGUUUGAUGUAUGGGCUAUAUUAUUCGAGUCAA